AGAGUUCAUUGGUAACAUCGUUAGGGAUUUAAGAUGGCGGCUGAUGAAGUAAACUUACGAAAUUGUGCUCUGUUAAAAGUAGUUUGUGCUUUUGUCGUUUAUUGAAUAUUGUCAGUUGAUAGUUUCAAUUCAUCUUUAUGUAAUAUCGAUUUAAGAUCUUCAACGAACGAAACGUGUCUCUCGAAAAAGUAAGAUAUAAACUUUUCCCGAGUCACGGGCUUACAAUGUCAGUAAUUGCCUCAAAGCCAUGCCACGAGAAAGAGAAUUUGAAAUCGACAGAGGAAGACGAUUGGAAAAUGCAGCUUGCAUUUUGCAAACCACGGCAUACAGCGACAAUUGAAGGCGUAAAUUGCAUUACACAGACAUGGAGGAUGAAAGAACGGAUGAAAACUGUGAGCGUGGCUCUAGUUUUAUGUUUAAACGUUGGUGUUGAUCCACCGGACAUUGUCAAGACGCAACCGUGCGCACGUCUCGAGUGUUGGAUCGAUCCUUUGUCAGUGAGUCCACAGAAAGCUUUAGAAACUAUAGGUUCUAAUUUACAAAAACAAUAUGAACGAUGGCAACCAAGAGCUCGUUACAAACAAAGUUUAGACCCCACUGUUGAAGAAGUUAAAAAAUUGUGUACUUCUUUGAGACGAAAUGCAAAGGAGGAAAGAGUUCUUUUUCAUUAUAAUGGUCAUGGUGUUCCUAAACCUACUAGUAAUGGUGAAAUUUGGGUAUUUAAUAGAACAUAUACACAAUACAUUCCUUUGUCUGUAUAUGAUUUACAAACAUGGAUGGGUGCACCUAGCAUCUAUGUAUAUGACUGCUCCAAUGCAGGUAUCAUUGUAGAGUCUUUUCAACAAUUUGCAGAGCAACACGAGAAAGAAUAUGAGAUGGAAAAGCAGGCAGUUCAGCAAAAUCGUGCAACUGGAGUUGCAAGUGCCACUGCACCAUCCUAUAAAAAUUGUAUCCAAUUGGCAGCAUGUGCUGCUAAUCAAAUUUUACCUAUGAAUCCAGACUUACCUGCAGACAUAUUUACAUCAUGUCUGACAACUCCAAUAAAAAUAGCAUUGCGAUGGUUUGUCAUGCAAAAUACAUCGAAGUUGGUACCAAAAAUAUCACUAGAUUUAAUUGACAAAAUUCCAGGACAAUUGACUGAUAGAAGAACAAUGUUAGGGGAACUUAAUUGGAUUUUUACAGCAAUUACUGACACUAUUGCAUGGAACACAUUGCCAAGAGAUUUAUUUCAGAGAUUAUUCAGACAAGAUUUAUUAGUAGCUAGUUUAUUUAGAAAUUUCUUACUUGCUGAAAGAAUACUUCGCUCAUAUGACUGCACUCCAGUUUCUUGCCCAAAAUUACCACCUACUUAUCAGCACCCUAUGUGGCAAGCAUGGGAUUUGGCACUUGAUCUCUGCUUAGCACAAUUGCCAUCUAUUCUUGAAAAUGAAGAUCAGUUUAUACAUUCACCCUUUUUUGAAGAACAAUUGACAGCCUUUCAAGUAUGGCUUACACUAGGUUCUAAGAAUCGCAAUCCUCCAGAGCAACUGCCAAUAGUACUACAAGUGUUAUUAAGUCAAGUUCAUAGACUAAGAGCGUUAGAGUUAUUAGGGCGUUUUCUUGAUCUUGGUCCAUGGGCAGUGAACUUGGCUCUUAGUGUAGGCAUUUUUCCAUAUGUUUUAAAAUUACUUCAAAGUAAUGCCAGAGAACUACGUCCACUACUUGUUUUCAUUUGGGCAAAAAUUCUUGCAGUUGAUAGUACUUGUCAAGCAGAUCUCGUACGAGAUGGAGGGCAUAAAUAUUUUUUAUCUGUUCUUCAGGAUACUUCUAUACCGAGUGAACAUAGGACGUUAGCAGCAUUUGUUUUGGCUAGCAUUGUAAAUGAUUAUCGACCGGGCCAAGUAGCUGCAAAUCAUGGCAGUCUCGUCUCAAUUUGUCUGGAACAACUUGGAGAUUCAAACGCUUUAUUACGACAAUGGCUAUGUUUGUGUCUCGCGAGACUUUGGCAUAAUUAUGACAAAGCAAGAUGGUGCGGAGUCAGAGACAUUGCCCACGAAAAACUGUUUAUAUUAUUACAGGACCCAGUUCCUGAGGUUCGAGCGGCGAGUGUUUAUGCUUUGGGAACAUUCAUAAAUAGUGUAACAACACGAAGUGAACAUGCGAAUAAUAUUGAUCAAAUUAUAGCUAUGACGCUUAUUAAUACUGUGUCUCAUGACAUGUGUCCCUUAGUUAGAAAAGAAUUAGUAGUAGCACUUCAGUGGAUGGUAUUACAUUUUGAAAAUUCGUUUGUAACAUUAGCAUUGGCUGAAGAAAAUAGUCGAAAAGAUCUCGUAGUGGAGACGUUAUCGCCAUUUAGUGGAAUGAGACGUAUUAGUUCUAGGGAUAGAUUGAAAAUGCUUUCUCCAAACAACACGUACAGUGUGGAUAGUACAGAUGGAUUUGGUCAGGAUCGUAUUAAAAGAGUGUCGUCGUCGUCGUCUAUUAGUAGCUUAGGAAAUAAUUGGGAGUUCGUGAGGAAACCUUGCGAGUCACUUGGGCACAGUUCUCUUGGAAAUUUACCAAGUCUUUCUUAUGGUAGUGUAUAUAUGAAAUUGUGGCAUGGAUUAUGCAGUCUUGACAAUGAUCCUCAUCCUGUGGUUGCUACUAUGUCUCAGAAGGUCACAAAUCAUAUUCGAAAUCAGGUCAAAGAAUCCUCUGCACCUAAGGAAGUAAUUGAAACAAAAAUAUCUUCGUCACUGUCUCUUCCGCCUUCUCCAUCAAAUCGUACUACAUAUUUAAGUAAUAGCAAAGGAGAAUCACCGCCUACAGUAAACUCUGGGACAGAUUUAUUACGUUCGUCGAGAAUACCAUUGCAUGGCAAUCGCUCAAGAAAACCAAUUCCCAAUACAAUUUCAGAAGAAGCAGAUGAAGUUGCUGGAAUUAAAACACCAUUAACUACUUCACAAUUUGUUGAGUGGAGUUGUGCUCAAUUUGCUCAGCCUGUUAGUUUAGAGAUUGAAACUGAAUCAAUGAAUGACAUGGAAAGUAGAGCACAUUAUGAAAGAGAAUGGCGAUACUUAAGAAAUAAGAAACAAAGAUGUGAUGCAAGAGAAGAACAAUUACGUGCAGUACAAAGUAGGGUAGAAUCACAAGUAUUUCACACAAGGUGUUCACAUUCUCCAGAAGUUUUAACAUUUCAUCCUUUUGAACCUCAUUUGGCUGUAGCAUUAAAAGAUUACUUCGGGGUAUGGGAUUGUCAAACCGGUACAAAGUUAACUUAUUGUGCAAGUCAUGGAAAUAAAAUGUCUCGUAUUACAGCUCUGGAGUUUAUUAAUGCUCACGAUAUAACGUUAUUAAUGGCUGGAUCUGACGAUGGUUCGGUUAGAGUAUGGAAAAAUUAUAGUAGUAUGCUAAAUCGCGAUCCAGUUUUACUUACUGCUUGGCAAGCAAUGGCUGACAUACAACCUGCAACAAAAGCAACUACCGCAACAGCUGGAUUAGUUACUAAGUGGGAGCAAAGAUCCCUUACAUUGGCUGUAACAGGUGAUGUUCGUAUUGUUAGACUUUGGGAUGCAGAGACUGAAUUAAAGAAACAAGAUAUACCAACAGGUGCUGAUUGUUGUGCUACAUGCGUUGAUGUCGAUGGUAUAGGUGCCAUGAUGGCAGUAGGUUGUGGAGAUGGUUCAGUUCGUUUAUUUGAUAGAAGGUUGCCCCCUUUAGAAUCAAGAGUUAUGAUAUGGAGAGAGCAUACAGCAUGGGUGCUAGGCACAUCUUUGAGAAAAUGUGAAAGAUCUGCGCCGCAACUGUUCACUGGAUCAUCUUCAGGAGAUAUUAGAAUAUUUGAUCUUAGAAAAAAUUCUUCUGUGAGCACUGUACAGAUAACACAAGGUAUUACAGCAUUGGCAGCACAUGAAAUGGCUGAUAUUUUUGCAUGUGGAUCAACAAAUCACUGUAUAAGUGUAUAUAACACUAUGGGUCAACACCUAAAUACAAUAAAAUUUCAUGAAGGAUUUAUGGCCACUCGUAUUAGUCCAGUAAGUUGUCUAAGUUUUCAUCCCUAUCGUGUGAUUCUAGCAGCUGGUUGCGUAGACAAUACUAUCACAGCAUAUGCGUCCGAACCACGCAGAUGACUAAUAGAGAUGGAAUUGCUGUAAAAUUAUUUUUACAAAUGUAAAUCAAUGGUACUUGAUACUCUUAACACUAAUAGUCAGUGAAAACAAAUGUUAGGGGCGUAAUAUUGGACUUUAAUAGAAAAAUUAGAAGGUGUAUUCUUAUCUUUCACUUAUUUACGAUUUUCUACUGCGUUUUUUUCGUAUCUAUAAACGUCUUUCUUUGGAAUUAAUUUAUGUGCAGAAACUAACAAUAAUUCUUGUGAUUACAAAACCUGUGAAGCAACUAAAGUCUUUAGGGACGACCAAAGAGAAGAUAAUACAAGCUACAUGUGCAAGGGCAAUGUAAUAUUUUGAAACGCAGUUGAAAAAAAUUUGAUGUUCUUACGAAUAAUGAUGCAUAAUAAGUGCAUAUGUGAUGCAACGAAAAAGAUUUGAAUGCAUGUAUGAAUGUGUUUAAUAUUUAAUAAAGCUUGUAACAUUCGCAAGGAAAUAACCUUGAUUAUUGUGCCAUGCAAAAUUAGCUCCAAUUAGAUUUAUGAAUAACGUUUCAUAUAAAUUUAGGUAAUAGAAGAUUCAAUUGUUUUUCACGUUUUCAUAAUUCCUUUCCCUAAUUCUCUUUUUGUCUCUUAAUAUUUUUACAAAAUUUUAGUCUUGGAGCUAAAAUUUAUUUAAAUAAUUUAUAUUUAGUUUAUGAUUAGUAUCAAUAAUAAUAAAGAUCAAUAAUAAAGAAUAAAUAUAGUAAAGAUCAAAAGGACCGAAAUAAAUUACUUAAAAUGGCAACUAUAUGCAACAGUGUUUCUGUAUUAAUGAAAAUUUUUUUGUAAAUUUGCUUUAUGUAUAUGUUUUUAUUUAUAACUUUCUCAUUAUGAAACUUUUCCUUGCAAUUUUAAAGAAAGAAAAUUGUUUUUGUAAAUAUUAUGUAUCAUAUAUUUAUCAAUAACAAUAUUAUUUGUUAAAUGGUAUUAAUGUUGCGUUUAAGUAAUAAUGGUUUAUAAGCGUCUCUUUGUAACUUGUGAAAAUACCUCUCAUCAUGUUAAAAACUUAAAAAGUUUGUAAGGAAAUGCCUUCUCAGUGACAAAUUAUUUAAAUAAUUAAGCAAAUAUAUAUAAUUUGUAUUUGACUAAUUAAGCCACUAUACUAUUUGGAAAGUAUUUUAUGAAUAUUUAUACGUUGUAUGUGUGUGUAUUUUAUAUUGCUAUUGUAACCCUUCAUUGCUACCGUUAUUGUUUAUGGAUAUUGUAAUCGUUUUAAAAGAAACGUCAAAUCGGUAUAUAUCAAGAAAAAGCAAUCAGAUUUCAUAUGUAUCAGUAAUAUCAGUAUAAUCUAAAUUGCAUAAAUAAUAAGGAAGAGCAAGAAAAAAUCAGGUAAUAAAUUCGUGAAUAAAAAUGUACAUAAGUAUAGAAUAUCAAGUGUAGUGUUUGAAAACCGCAAUGUUAAAAAUAUAGAUUUAUCUCCUCGUAUUAUAUAUACAAUAGUUUUGUUAGUGACAUUUAGCAUUCAGAAACGCGAUAACAGAUGUGGAUUGCUAUCCUUUAAAUAUAUGUAUAAAAUAAGGAUCUCUGAUGUAGUUGCAUAUAUAAGAUAUUCCAAAAAUUGAGUGCAUUCAUAUUCACGUAUAAGUGUAAAAGAGUAAAUUUUUACUUAUUUACUUUACUAUAACGGAGUAAAUAACAAAUAAUGUUUAUUUAUGGCAUAGAACCCUUUGUGCGUGUAUAUAAAAAUUUAUAUAUAGAUUAAAAACACGCUUUGUGUUUAGAGAAAGAGAUAUUUAUUUAAAUGGAAAAGAUAAGAUAUUUUAAUCGUGAAAUUGAUGUAGCAUUGCAAUUUAUCAAUUUAUGACAUGUGUUUCUGUCAGUACAUUGGUUAUUUUAAUUGUAAACUUCCGGGACACAUUAUAUAACAUGUACAUGGUUUGGUAAGAAUUUUAAUAGGGACAUCUAAAUGGUACUUACUCGUUAAAUUCACCAUUAAUUAUUAUAUAAACGCCUAGAAUUAUUUCUGUAUAUAUUAUUAUAUAUACGAUGCACCGUCAUUGCUAUCGUUAACGAUAACUAUUGGAAACGUGAAACAUUAGGAAAAUAAUUCACGACGGGGCGAAUAUGAUGUAUUAUUUUGCACUGUAGCCGUUAUUAUACAUAUAUGAUCGCCUUGUAACAAAUAUAAUAUAAUUAUGUUA